CACGUUCUAUGUAUUCUGAUGUUGUAGGCGGCAAGGCACAGUGCGGUCAUGUCUAACAUCACCUAGGGCAGUCAUGAAGACGACGAAGCCAUCGUCUCCGAACCAUUCCAAUGAGACGACGAAACGGUCACCUCUUCCCCUUCCUCGCGAGCGUUCCUCACAAGACGACGGGCCCGCCACCUCUUCCCUUUCCUUGAAAGACGACGAAACCGUUACCUCUUGGCCCUUCAAGCCACGCACACCCUUGUCGAAUAAGUUCCUCGGCAAUGAGUUUGUCGAUCUCUUCUUUAAGAGAUCGGUACCGUCUUCCUCGACUUCCUCCUCCUCGACAUUCGCAUCAACACCAAAGUUGCCGUCGAAACCCUGUCCAUUUUCAUCCCGAAGUGCGACUGGCAGUUCGCCCACGCGAGGAUGCAAAUGUGCUGAUCGAGUGGCGAUGGGCGAGUCUGCGGGGGCCUACGCAUCCCAUCGCCUGGGCAGGCACGCUUCAGGAAGGCCACAAACAGCCAUAGGCGGCCACAAAGCUACAGGGCAUCGGCAUCCGAUGGAUCUCAAAACAGGGAAGAAGGCUGACGCCUCCUUGGUGGUUCAUGGUUCCACAAUGGCGGCAGCGACGAGGGCAAGAGCCGUCGCGGAGCAGAUGAUAGGAGGCAUGCCCGAAAACCUUAUCGACGCAGUCGCGGGGCCGAAGAUGGUACUUGACAUCGAGCUUCAGCCUGUACUCGCCGUUGUUGGCAUUGGCAUUCGAUCCAGUAUUGGCAGUGGCAUUGGCAUAAUCGUGGGCAAACCCAUUCCCACUGUUUUAGGCAUUCGCAUUGACAUUGGCGUAAGCAUUGUACGCGGGCAAGCUCGAGUUGGCACUGUAGCCACCUCUGCCGCGAGGUGCUCCAGAUGGCGCGUUAUAGCCCCCUCGUUGAGGGCCCGUCGGCACAUGACGCUGGCCGAAGCGUUGCGUUGGUGUCGUAUGGACUCGAGUGGGAGGAGGCAAGAUCUGUGGAGUGACUGCGCACGAGCCACCGACAGUGAGGAAGGCACGUCUGGUUCACUAUCACUUCUUACACUGGUCAAUGUGCAUGUGAUUAAAAGUGCGAUGUCUCUUUUUUCCCUGUGCUGUUUGCGUUACAUGGUGGGAGAAAAGGGCGUCGUUGUUCGUCCCGCGGUUUUCCCCAUAGAAGCAUUUUCACCAUAUUUCCCACUUCACAAGUAUGAGUUCAGACUUGGUAGGAUGCUGUUGACAAUGCUGGUCGACUGCGUUUCGGCGACAGGCGGAGGGUUCAACGCCUACCCGCCGGUCAUGAACAACUGCAGUGCCGACGAGACCUCGAUGCAGGAAUGGGGAACCUGGAAGGGACUACGCGGCGAGCGGGAAUACUGGGAUGUUGACAAGAAACUAGUGGAUUGA